GAAUUCUCCUGUCGAGCUGAAAAGGUUCGGUGGUGUUAUCUUUAAUAAGUAGCAUUGUAAAAGGAGAUGACUUUGGGAGCUUGGGGUCAAAGAUUCAUCCAAGCAGCAGCUUCUUCUGAAUCGGAGGAUUCUGCUUUGGAUUUGGAGAGAAAUCAUCACUGCAAUCACUUGAGUCUUCCAUCAUCUUCAACUCCAUCGCCUCUUCAGCCAUUCACACUCAACAUCCAACAUGCAGAGAGCAAUGCCCCUUACUUCUCGUGGCCUACUCUCAGCAGGCUUAACGAUGCUGUUGAAGACCGAGCUAACUACUUUGGCAAUCUCCAGAAAGGGGUUUUACCAGAAACUGUUGGCAGGUUGCCAUCAGGACAACAAGCCACUACUUUGCUUGAGCUCAUGACCAUCAGAGCGUUUCAUAGUAAAAUCCUGCGCCGCUUCAGCCUUGGUACUGCUGUUGGGUUUCGGAUCAGCCGUGGUGUUCUAACGAAUGUUCCAGCAAUACUUGUCUUUGUUGCUAGGAAAGUCCAUAGGCAAUGGCUAAAUCCAAUGCAGUGCCUUCCUUCUGCCCUUGAGGGCCCUGGAGGGGUAUGGUGCGAUGUUGAUGUUGUGGAAUUCCAGUAUUACGGUGCUCCUGCUGCAACACCAAAGGAACAAGUUUAUAAUGAACUUGUAGAUGGCUUAAGAGGAAGUGAUCCCUGCAUUGGUUCUGGUUCUCAGGUUGCAAGCCAAGAAACGUAUGGAACCUUGGGAGCCAUAGUGAAAAGCAGAACAGGUAACCAUCAGGUUGGUUUUCUUACCAAUCGGCAUGUCGCAGUUGAUUUGGAUUAUCCAAGCCAGAAAAUGUUUCAUCCUUUACCUCCAAGCCUUGGACCGGGUGUCUACCUCGGUUCAGUUGAGAGAGCAACAUCGUUUAUCACAGAUGAUCAGUGGUACGGCAUAUUUGCUGGCACAAAUCCAGAAACAUUUGUAAGAGCGGACGGUGCCUUUAUUCCUUUUGCAGAAGAUUUCAACACGAGCAAUGUAACUACCGUGAUAAAGGGCAUUGGUGAGAUCGGAAAUGUACACGUUAUAGACUUGCAAUCCCCAAUUGAAAGCCUUAUUGGGAAACAAGUUGUCAAAGUUGGAAGAAGCUCUGGAUAUACCACCGGAACCAUAAUGGCUUAUGCUUUGGAAUACAACGACGAGAAAGGGAUCUGUUUCCUCACGGAUUUUCUGGUCAUUGGCGAAAACCAGCAAACUUUUGACCUUGAAGGUGACAGUGGAAGCCUAAUACUCUUAACGGGUCCAAAUGGUCAGAAGCCAAGACCAGUUGGGAUCAUUUGGGGAGGGACAGCCAACCGCGGAAGACUUAAACUCAUAGCUGGUCAAGAACCCGAGAACUGGACAAGCGGAGUUGAUCUUGGUCGCCUUUUGGAUCUCUUGGAGCUUGAUCUCAUCACAUCAAACCAUGAGCUUGAAGCAGCAGCACGAGAACAAAGAAACACUUCGGUUACAGCCGUUGAUUCAACGGUUAGCCAAUCAUCCCCGCCGGACCCGGUUCCAUCAGAAGAGAAACAAGAUGAGAGCUUUGAGCCAUUUAUUCCGCCUGAGUUUCAUAUAGAAGAAGCAAUCAAACCAACACCUGAAGUAGAGGAACAUAUCUUCAUUGCUCCUAUAUCGGUUAACGAGUCUUCUUCCGCCAUUAAAGGGCAAGAGAAACCCAAAUUGGAUAAUCUCAUGGCUUUAAAGAACAGUUCCGAAGAAGAGCCGGCGGCGAUCUCGUUUCUCGAGUCUUUGGAGACCAAUCUUCAGUCACGAUUGGGUUCUUCCUCCUCCGGCGAGAGAACAAAGUUUGGGUUGCAAUUAGCAGCCGCUCUUACGCAAUUGGCGGAUCUCUACUCUUCUCAGGGACUUUCCCUAAAAUCCGAUGAGCUUCGAACUCGUUCUUCUCUCAUUAAGCAACGAGCGUUGGAUUGUGAUCGUGCUUCUUCAAGGGAGAAGCUUAUGGAUAUGAUGCUUGAGAGGCUUCAGGGAUUACAAGAAGAUCAACUUUCAAGUCUUGCCUCUGUAGUUGCUACUUGUAGUUUAAAUGAGGUCUUGGCUGAAGUUGGUAACCACCAGAGGCUGCACACCACAAAGAUCGAACCAACUGUUUCAGACCAUGGUCAGAUCUCUUCUCUUGGUUGCUGCAUUAAAAGUGGUAGAGUGAAUCCUGGUGUGGAAUGCCAAGAAGAGGAAGAAGUUACUUCUCAUGAAGGUGUAGUUGCAGUAGAAGAAGGGGUAGAGAAAAUUGUAGAUAUGGAUGGUGAAGAGCGUUUGGAAGAGGGUGAUGAAGAAGAAGAAGUGAUUGGUAAACGCACUGAAGACAACCAAUUCUUCGAUGAGAGCAAGAACUAUGAAGGCUCCUCCGAUUUAGUCGACCUUCAAUACCACAUGGGUCCGGUCAUAACCUCGCCGGUGACGAGUCUUUACAUCAUCUGGUACGGCCGAUGGAACCCAACUCACCAAUCUAUAAUCCGAGACUUUAUCUACUCUAUCUCUUCACCGACACCGGCUCAGUACCCGUCAGUAUCCAACUGGUGGAAGACAGUGAGGCUAUACAGAGACCAGACAGGUUCCAACAUCACCGACACUCUUGUCUUGUCCGGAGAGUUCCACGACUCAACGUACUCUCAUGGAUCUCACCUCACUCGCUUCUCUGUUCAGUCUGUGAUCAGAACUGCCGUGACUUCCAAGUUACCGCUGAACGCAGUAAACGGCUUGUACUUAGUCUUGACCUCGGAUGAUGUAGAGAUGCAAGAGUUCUGCAGAGCGAUUUGCGGGUUUCAUUACUUCUCUUUCCCAAGCGUUGUUGGUGCAACCGUACCAUACGUUUGGGUCGGGAACAGUAGGAAACAGUGUCCAGAGAUGUGUGCCUACCCAUUUGCACAACCUAAGCCAUUUCCGGGAAGCGGGUUUGUAGCCAGAGAGAAGAUGAAACCGCCAAACGGAGAGGUGGGAAUCGAUGGGAUGAUUAGCGUGAUAGCUCAUGAGCUGGCGGAAGUGUCCAGUAACCCGAUGUUGAACGGAUGGUAUGGAGGAGAGGAUGCGACGGCACCCACCGAGAUAGCGGAUUUAUGUUUGGGAGUGUAUGGGUCAGGAGGAGGAGGAGGGUAUAUGGGAAGUGUGUAUAAGGAUAGGUGGAGGAAUGUGUAUAAUGUGAAGGGCGUUAAAGGCAGAAAGUAUCUGAUUCAAUGGGUUUGGGAUCUUAAUAAGAACAGAUGCUUUGGACCAAACGCUAUGAAUUAGAGACAAUCAUGUUUGUUAGUUGUUACCACUUUCACCAAAGCCUUGAGCUUGAAGGUUGAGGAAACAAACCUGUAUAUGGUUU